UAUAAAAUGAGCGAUCAUACACUAGUUACUCAUUCGUUAGUUUGUGCUCAACUCGAAUACUAAGCAACAUGCUCAAAUACGUGACAGUACUAUGCGUGGUGGCCGCCCUCUGCGCCGGCGUACCCCAGAACCCGCAAGAAGUGCAGAUCCUGCGCUUCGACAGUGAUGUCCAGCCCGAUGGAUACAAUUUCGCAUAUGAAACCAGUGACGGCACUUCCCGCCAGGAAGAAGGCAAGAUUGACAACCCUGAUUCCGAAAACGCUGCUCUGACAGUCAAUGGACAGUACUCGUACGUCGCCCCUGAUGGCAAACACUACACCGUCACCUUCACCGCCGGACCCAACGGCUUCCAACCCAAGACCUCCCUCGGACAGAGGAAGUAAACCUUCGAGUCUUCAAUCAUGGUCAAUAUCUCUAAAGCUUCGUAAGUCCUUAUCGCGCAAUGCUCGAUAACUCCUGUGGCCAUUAGAUCUCAGUCAUCGCAGUACAGAAUAGGGCAUCGUUGUCUCUAAAUUCUUGUGCCAUAAGUCUUUUGUAUUUUUUGUAAAGAAAAUUGUGAUAAACUUACUUACUUCAAGAAAUAAAAGUUUCUUUUUGUAAA